UUGGUUGUGACUUUUCUUUCUCUACCGCGAGAGGUAGGAAAUGAGAAAAUCGUGGGGUAUUAUUACCAUUUUCAGACUUUGAAGUCAAAACAAAGGAUUAUUGAAAAACAAGUAAGAGGAGGAAGCCUCUGUUGAUCAAUUCCCUUCUAUGGUUUCAUUCAUAGGAGGGGCUUGAUGAAGAGGGUUUUCAUUAUUUGAACAGAUAUAGAGGGAGAGAGCCUUCUUCGUUUUCUAUUUUUUGGGUCUGAAGAAGGCUCGCUUUUUCUCUUCUUCUUCUGGAUUUUUUUUUUGUGUGUUUUUUUGGGACGAGAUGAUACGGUGGUGGAUAUGUAUGCUUCAAUUAACGGAGCUUUUCGUGAGCUCGGUGGUGCAUUUGCUUUAUGGGCUUUACAUAUUCAGCACUGCUGUUGCUGGUGAUCUCUCCCAGGCAUGGAGUGAAGGUUUUUUCAAACCCGUGUCCAAGGAAGACAGAGGCACGACGACGACGACGACGAAGACAACCAAUUUUGAUGACCUCCCUCCUAUCGUCCUCAUCCAUGGAAUCUUUGGAUUCGGCAAGGGGAGAUUGGGAGGUUUAUCUUAUUUCGCUGGGGCAGAGAAGAAAGAUGAGAGAGUUCUUGUGCCAGAUUUGGGGUCCUUAACCAGCAUAUACGAUAGGGCUCGCGAGCUGUUCUAUUAUUUGAAAGGCGGGCAGGUUGAUUAUGGUGAAGAACACAGCAAGGCUUGUGGCCACUCCCAAUUCGGGCGCAUUUACGAACAAGGACAUUAUCCCCAAUGGGAUGAGGAUCACCCAAUUCACUUUGUUGGACAUUCUGCUGGAGCACAGGUUGUUCGCCUGCUGCAGCAAAUGCUUGCGGAUAAGGCAUUCAAGGGUUAUGAGAACUCUUCUGAGAACUGGGUUUUAAGCAUAACAUCCUUGUCUGGAGCAUUUAACGGGACGACAAGAGCAUACUUCGAUGGAAUGCAGCCAGAAGAUGGGAAAACCUUGAAACCCAUAUGUCUGCUUCAGCUUUGCCGUGUAGGAGUGAUAAUUUAUGAUUGGCUUGACAUCCCUUGGCUGAAGGCUUAUUACAAUUUUGGAUUUGAUCACUUCAACAUGUCACGGAAGAAAAUGGGUUUUUGGGGUCUUGUUGGUUGCCUUCUUGGUAAUGCUGGCCCAUUUGCUUCGGGAGAUUGGAUUCUCCCUGAUCUUACAAUUCAAGGAUCUAUGCAGCUCAAUCACCAUCUACAAACAUUUCCGGAUACAUACUAUUUCAGCUAUGCUACCAAGCGUACUAGAAAGAUCAUGGGCAAGACAGUUCCUUCAAGCAUACUUGGAAUCCACCCUAUGUUAUUUAUCAGAGUAUUGCAGAUGAGCCAAUGGCGUCAUCCACCAGACAUUCCUCCACCAUAUAAAGGCUACAGGGAUGAGGAUUGGGAGGACAAUGAUGGAGCUCUGAAUACAAUAUCGAUGACUCACCCUCGUCUUCCAAUUGAACACCCAAACCGUUUCGUUCAAAAUGAUUCCGAGUGCCAACCCUUGCAACCUGGCAUCUGGUACUACAAGCUUGUGGAAGGGGAUCAUAUAUUGUUCAUUGUGAAUCGGGAGAGAGCAGGAGUUCAAUUUGAUCUCUUAUAUGACAGCAUUUUUGAACGCUGUAGGAAACAGGUAUUUAGGAAAAGUCCACAGACUUUACCAAAUGAAGCACACCAUUAGUCCUAGUUCUGUGAGUCUGUGACUCUCACAUCACGUACACUAAAGAAAGGUAAACAACACCCGUGCACAAGAAUCUCGCUAAUACACUACAGCAAGAAAAGGAAGUUAGAAGCAAAUUUAUUUUGCUGCAAUACCAUUUUUGGUGCUGUUGUAAAUGUGAAUUGGCUUUGAGUUGCACCUUUAUUGUAUUCCUCUGGUUGCAGGUUCUCUAGUUUCUAGAUUGUUUUGUGAGAGAAAAUGGAGGCUUAGUCAACACAUUAGCUCUCUUUAGUCAGUUUGAUGUAUCAUUGAGAUUGGCAUGCACACAUGAUAUAUAUAUAUAUAUAUCUGUUGAAUGAUAUUAAAGGAGCUUAUUCAUUAUAA